AUGGCUUCCUCAAUGAGAUGCCUCGCUGUAGCAGCUCUUGUGUUUUGCUCUUUCAUCGACAGAACGAAUGCCGUUGAUGUGCCCCCUCAAGCACCAGAACCAACCUCACCAGCAAGAAUCCGAGCUCUUCGUUCUUUGUACGAACGUGCAGACGGCUCAACCACCGAAACCCUUAGUAUCACGGUAGCUCCGGACAAUAUUUGUGGUUUCUACACCCCAAAUACUGAGCACUCCUUCACUUGCACCCCCGGUACGAAGUGUAUGUGGGAGAACGUCAAGUACAAUGUUGCCUUUUGCGGUGAGAGGGACUUUAAGACGGGUUGCAUGAACAGUGUCGAUGCCCUGAACAUUGAUAAGUGUGACGAGGACUGCAGACGAAACACCAAUAUCGAGAAAUGUACCGCAAAUACCAGGACGGAAUGCUACAUCAUCAACUUCCCCAACAACAUCGAAAAGCAUGCUUGUCACACGAAAUCUGGAUAUACCAGCAUGAUGUUCCCUUCUGGUAUCGACACUUACGAGAAAUCAUCCCUCCAAGUAGCCAUCUUCCCGGCGGCUGCCACUUCGGUAAUCGUCGAGGCAUCAAGCAUAGGAGAACCCAGCUCCAAGGAUACAGCCCAGUCAGAAACUGCCAGACCAACCACAACUGUUACCGGUGUGCCACAGGGCGAAGCGGGUGAGGAUAGCAACACAGGCGACGGGAAGAAGAGCAACGUCGGCGCCAUCGCAGGCGGUGUCGUCGGAGGCGUUGCUCUUAUCGUUGGUGCAGGACUCGCCAUCUUCUUCAUCCUUCGCCGAGACCGCAAGAAGAAACAAGCUCCUCAGGCGCAAAUGGUUGAUCAGACACAUACCCAGCCGCAAACACCUUACGGAAUGGCACCGCAGCAACAACAGCAGCAAAUGUAUCCUCAAGCCUAUCAAGACUGGCCCCCAGCGUCACCCCCUCCAGGUUGGCAACAAUCCCCCUCUCCGCCCACCCUCCAGCACCCAUCAGCUCCCGUUCUGGUCGAGGCUCCUGGUGAGAAAGUGGUCCAGAUCCACGAGAUUGGUAGUGGAAAGGGCGAUACUUAG